GACGCAAUUCACACUCUCCUGCUGCAACACAAUAAAAUAUGUAUCACCAGAGUGCCGACGAUGGGAUGCUUCUUUGGGUGUAAAUAUCAGUUAAAUGGUGAAGAGGGGAGGGGGGUGUGGCAUUGACCAUCACCCAUUCACCAAAACAGUACACGCCCAGAGCUCGUGCAUUUGUGGCGUAAAAAGCCGCGCCGGGGAUCCGGUUUGGUCACUGUCAAAUCUGCUCUUGGACUCUCGCUGGGUGCACAGGCCAGUCAGCCCGUCGGCAGCCCGCCGUGCUCCUUCCCUCCGCAGGCUCCGGGCUGCACGCAGGGAUCCUCAUCGCAUUACGCAGAUUCGAAGCCUGGACGCGGAGCGAACCAAAACCAAUGGCCUGCACAUGAAGAUGCGAUAACUACAAUACGAUUUAAGGCAUGUUAGCGCCAUGAGUGCAGGUUGUGUUGAAAUAGAUUGAAUGCCUUCAAAAUCUCAAGGCUGUGAGCCCUGUGCAGGGUGGUGAUGAGCAACCAGGGCAGCAGCAGCAGGGGAAGUGGCCAGCAUGCUGACACUACUCCCUCCCGUCACACCCCUGGACCCAAGCUGCAGGUGCAGCGCUCCAUCUCUCGUGACAUCAUCACCAUCCACUUCUCUGCUCUGGGGAAGGAGGAAGACGACGAGGAAGAGGAGCUCUACGGCCUACCUCUUGGAUCUGCUGGGGCUAAAUCCGAGCUUGAUGGUGCAGGUCUAGAAGCUUCAGGGGCUGACGACCAGUCUGUCGCCACAGGCUUGGAGGCAAAAGAGGAGGUGCUGUUUGAAUUUGCCGGUGUGGAGACGUCCUCUGGAGCUGCUGUGCUCCCCGUUUCAUCCACCACCCUGUAUGUGCAGCCUUCAGACCUUCAUCCACACACACCCUCUCCAGCCGUGACUAUUAUCCCCACUCCCACGCACCCCCACCUGAGCUCCACCCCUCCUGCCAGCUCCUCCUGGCCCUCUGACCGACCCUCAGCCAAUCCCUCAUCCACGAGCUCUAGCUCCUCCUCCCCUUGCAAGUCUGCAGCGCUGUCCUCCUCCAAGCCUUUCCUCAGCCUGGUCAGGUCCUUGUCCAAUGACGUUGAGUCUCGCGAAACCACUCCUGCGCCCACCACUGUCGCGCCAUCGCACGCACGGCACCGUCACUUAAUGAAAUCUUUUGUGAAGUCUCUUUCCACGGACACUUCGAAAGCCGAACAUCAGGAAGGGCCCCUUCAUUACUAUCAUCAGCAACAGCAAGUGCAGACAUCCCAGCGGCCUCCACCUCGCAACAUGCAACUCUUCAAACAGUUCUCCCAGCCUCGAUUGUGCUCCAGCCCUGUCAUUGUCAAGAAAGCAGGUGGAGACUCCAAAACAGCCCCUUCUUCCCCGAUCAGGUCCCCAGAUGGUAGGUCUUUCUUCAAGGUCCAAGAGGUGGAGGCCAGGAUAGAGGAUACUAAGCGACGGCUGUCAGAGGUGAUGUCAGACCCUCUGCAGCUUUUUAGUAAGAUCAUGGGGGAUGAGUCUGGCGUGGGAGCUGUUGGGAGUGCCACUCAUCGUGCCAAAUCGCUGUCCUCCAGUGCGUCAGAGCUCAGCGGAGUGACAGCGGUAAACGGACACACAGAAGGUAACAACAACUAUAGCAUCAAGGAGGAGGAAGGGGCAGAAGAGGAAGAAACCCCCGCGGGCAAGGGCCCUGACUCUGUUUUUUUCUCCUUCCCAUCACUGGCACCAGCCCCAGCCCUCACCCAGGCCUCCUCGUCCACUUUCCCCAAGUCUCCUUCUCUUACUCUGGGCCGCUGCUCUAUGUCUGCCCUGGUUGCUCGACAGGAAGACGAGGACUUUUGUGAACUGUACAGUGAAGACUUUGAGAUAUGUACCGAUACAGAAACGCCAGAUGGGGAUCGCCCGGGGUCCCGGCAGCCCCAUACUGGUAGCACUGGGUUGUGUAGUGAACUUGACACAGAGGAGGAGGAGAAAGAGGAGGAGGAGGAGUUUGAGACUGUGCCUGUGACUGGCCUCAUCUUCCUGACACAGUUGGUUUACUGGUACAUAGUCCUUCCAGUGCCACCUUAUGUAUGUGCGGUGGUGCAUGGGAUAGUAGCUGGGUUCAUGUUGGCCUUGCUGGUCCUCUGGCUGUCUUCUCCUGGACGCUCCUCAUCAGGGACGAGAAGAGGGAGGCGAAGGAUAGAGCACUGGAAUGUGGCCCAGCUGGAUAUCAAAGAACCUGGAACCGUCAAGGGCUGGAUGAAUGAGAUCCACAGCUACGACCCAGAGAUGUACCACGCCACCCUGACCCACUCUGUUUACGUCCGUCUAGAGGGCUCUGUCCUGCGUCUGUCCAAGCCUAACCGGAACAUCUCCCGUCGUGCCACACACAACGAGCCUAAACCGGAUGUCACCUACAUCAGCCAGAAGAUCUAUGACCUGACGGAUAGCAAGAUCUACCUGCUGCCCCAAAGCCUGGCUAGGAAGAGAGUUUGGAACAAGAAGUACCCCAUUUGCAUUGAGCUGGCCAAGCAGGAGAACUUCAUGUCCAAGGCCCAGGUAGAGAAGCCCGAAGCUGGGGAGGAGAAACUAACAGGGCUGGGUGAGAAGCUGGAACAAACUGACAAAUACGAGAAAGUUGAGGUAUCAGGGUCAGCAGAGGAACCCAAAAGACCAACCUCUGGAGGGGGGGAUCUGACUAUCUACCUGUUUGGGAGGACGGGGCGGGAGAAGGAAGAGUGGUACCGGAGAUUUCUGCUGGCAUCCCGAAUAAAGUCAGAGGGAAGAGGUGGUAGUCUGCCUGGCAUCUGCAAGAGUGCCUUCUUGCCCUCCCGCAGUAGCAGCAUCCAAUCUGGUGGAGGUCUGGAGGCUGACAGCAGGAGCAGCAGCCGAGGUAGCCUGGAGGAGCUGCCUCAGUCUCGCAACAGAGAGACCUCCUCUGCUCCCUCCUGUGGCUAUAGUGGAGGGAUGAAGCAGAAGAUGCUGUUGGACUAUAAUGUCUACAUGGCCAAAUAUGUCAACCCCCACGCCCCAGAGAAAAGCCCAACUGCCACCGACAGCCCUGGGCCCAGCCCAGAGAGCAGCCCCACAACUACCAAAAAGAUACGCAGGAGUUCAGAGGAGACGGUGGAGCCUGAGGCCUGGGUCAACGCUUUUGUGGGAAGGAUGUUCUGGGACUUCCUGGGAGAGAAAUACUGGGCCAAUGUAGUCUCCAAAAAGAUCCAGAUGAAGCUCAGUAAGAUCAGGCUGCCAUAUGUUAUGAAUGAGCUGACUUUGACAGAGCUAGACAUGGGCUUUUCCAUUCCCAAGAUCCUUCAUGCCUCCAAACCCUCUGUGGACCACCAAGGUCUGUGGUUUGAUCUAGAGGUUUCCUACACGGGCUCCUUCCUCAUGACACUAGAGACCAAGAUGAACCUGGCCCGUCUGGGGAAGGAGGGGGAGGGGCUCGGGGAGCACGGAAAAGAGUGGCCCAGGCCACGGACAUACUGUCUGGCAGACAGCGAUGAGGAGUCGUCUAGUGCCGGCUCAUCGGAUGAGGAGGACCCCCCUGAACUCCUCAGUGACAAAGCCAUUCUUCCUGGAGCCGAGGGCUACGUGGGAGGCCACAGGCCCAGCAAGAUCAUGCGCUUUGUGGACAAGAUAGCCAAGUCAAAGUACUUUCAGAAAGCCACAGAGACGGAGUUCAUUAAGAAGAAGAUGGAGGAGGUGUCCAACACACCUCUGCUGCUCACUGUGGAGGUGCAAGAGUUCCGUGGGACACUGGCUGUCAACAUCCCACCUCCCCCCACGGACAGAAUAUGGUAUGGUUUCCGGAGUCCGCCUCACCUGGAGCUGAAAGCACGGCCUAAACUGGGUGAAAGGGAGGUCACUUUAGUUCAUGUGACAGAUUGGAUUGAGAAGAAAUUGGACCAGGAAUUCCAGAAAAUAUUUGUGAUGCCAAACAUGGACGAUGUAUGGCUACCCAUAAUGCACUCUGCCAUGGACACACGUUCCAAUGCCAACUUGGUUACUAUGACAAAUGAUGCCUUGAAGGACCCAGAACCUGAGGAGUCUGAGGUCUCUGACAUGUGAAGACUGCUUUUCAAAGUGCAUAAUGACAGAUAUUUUAUCAGCAUGGUAAUAUGGCAAGUUCCCGCCCCUCUCAUAGACCCAUGGCUGUCGCAAUGGGUCGGGCCAACUCUCCAAUAUUUUUACCCAUGUUCCAGUCCCAUUGUUGAACCACCGAUGAAGUGCACUCACAAAAGUGUUGGGGUAACUAAAAGCAGGAAAACAGAGGACAAUUGUGACUGAUAGAUUGUCAUUCAAUCUCACAGUUUUAUUUCUGUGACAUAAAAUAUUAUGAUUAA